GAAAACAAUACUACUAUAUACUUGCAAUGAUUUUUUUUUUUUUUUGAAUAAUCAAUUAGCUAGACAAAAGAAAUUACACAAUGGCAAAGGUUGGAGGAUCCAGAUGGUCACUUAAUCGUUUGGUGGCUCUUGUCACCGGAGGCACUUAUGGAAUUGGUGAGAACUUUGAUAGAUCCAGAUGGUCACUUAAUGGUUUGGUUGCUCUUGUAACUGGAGGCACUUAUGGAAUUGGGCAUGCAAUUGUGGAGGAGCUUUGUGAACUUGGUGCAAAAGUGUAUACAUGUUCAAGGAAUGAAUCAAUCCUCAAUGAAUGUUUGAAAAAGUGGACUGAUAAAGGCCUUCAAGUAAAAGGUUGUGUAUGUGAUGUAUCAUCUAAAGAGCAAAGAGUACAACUCAUGGAAAAAGUUUCCUUGGAAUUUGAUGGAAAACUCAACAUUCUUAUAAACAAUGUUGGAACAAACAUUUGGAAGCCUACUACUGAAUAUACUGGUGAAGAUUAUGCACUUAUGAUGGCUACAAAUUUAGAAUCUUCAUUCCAUUUAAGUCAACUUGCUCAUCCUCUUCUUAAAUCAUCUGGAGCUGGAAGUAUUGUUUUCUUGUCUUCUGUUGCUGGUCUUGUCCACCUAUCUGGUACUUCUAUUUAUGGAGCAACAAAAGGAGCAAUGAAUCAGCUUACACGAAAUUUGGCUUGUGAAUGGGCAAAAGAUGGAAUUCGUGUUAAUGGGGUUGCACCCUGGUUCAUUAACACUCCCCUCGUCGAACAAGUGCUGGGAGAUAAAGAAUUUCUGGAAGGGGUAAUAUCAAGAACUCCUCUUAAGCGUCCUGGAGAAGUUGAAGAAGUUUCAUCAACGGUAGCUUAUCUUUGUCUUCCUGCUGCUUCCUAUGUUACUGGUCAAGUUAUUGCAGUUGACGGAGGAUUCACUGUCUAUGGCUUCCAACAGCCUGGCUAUUAAUGUUUAAUAGUCCGACAAAAAAAA